ACUUUGCAUUGUGGGUUAGCCAGUAUUGUCUCCGGCAACAGACUCUUGUACAAUACAUUUUGUUGUCAUCAAUGCUUACGUUGAUAAAUAUUUAAAUAGUCUAUGCAAUGUUCUUUACAUUUGAUUGAAUGGAGCUGAGAUGUCUUAUUUUUUUAGGUAUCACUUUGAUGAUCUAGCCUAGAGCUAAAAUGGCAAUACAAGGACAACGGUUUCAUACGCUAGAACUGAUUUAUUCCUCAACUUCAAUGUACCCACACUAGCCAGAACAGCAGAGUCACUUGAACAUGGCGGAAGUUGGGAAGUUCGAACCAGAGCAGGACAUUGAGAAGAAAAUUGAGGAGACGAGACAGAAGUUCAAUAAUGAGUACGUCCAAGGACAAGAAUCUGACAAAUAUGACUCCAGAGAUGUGGACAGGCUACAAAAGGAUGAUGCUCUGGUGGAGGCAUACCUGACAUGGCGACUAUACUCUGUGGAUGAUGCCCUGAAGAUGAUUGACGACAGUUUCUUGUGGAGGAAAGAAUUUGGUUUGAAUGACCUCACUGAGAGCAGCAUUCCAAAGUGGAUGUUUGAGACGGGGGCUGUCUUCCUCCACGGCUACGACAAGGAAGGCAACAAGCUCUUCUGGUUCAAAGCCAAGCUACAUACCAAGGAUGCAAAGACCAGCAUGGACAAGAAGAAGUAUGUUGCCUUCUGGCUGGAGCGCUAUGCUAAGAGAGAGCCAGGGAUGCCACUGACUGUUGUGUUCGACAUGGCCGAUUCAGGGAUUAGCAAUAUCGACAUGGAUUUUGUGAAGUAUGUAAUUAAUUGCUUCAAAGUGUAUUAUCCAAAGUUUCUAUCCAAAAUGAUCAUUGUCGACAUGCCAUGGAUCUUGAAUGCUGCAUGGAAGAUUGUGAGGACAUGGUUGGGUCCAGAAGCCAUCAGCAAGCUCAAGUUUGCAUCUAAAAAUGAGAUCCAAACAUUUAUUGGCCAUGAAUACCUGCCUCCUCACAUGGGUGGAACGGAUCCCUUCAGAUACAGCUAUCCUCCCCUUCCUGACGAUGACUUCCAAACGCCAGUAUGUGAGAACGGACCAAUCGUCAGCGAGGACGACAACGAGAGCAAGGACUUCGAAUCAGACAGCAAGGAGUUAGAGUCGAGCUUCAGCUCUGAGGUCGCCAUCAAGCCCAAAAAGGUGUAUUUCUCAGAGGAGAGCCUGAGCAGUCUGAAGCUGGACGACAACGACAAAGGAGACAGCCGGUCGAAGGGAGCCAGGAAGCCACUGACCACAUUCAAGGUCCCUCUGCUACACGUCAGUCCAGCAGAGGAGCUGAGCUUUGGGUCCAAAGAGUCAGACAGGAAGUGUCUUAUCAUCCUCGGUAAUGUGUCAAAGAAUCAAGUGGCCUUCAAGGUACGAACAACAGCACCUGAGAAGUACAGAGUGAAGCCCAGCAACAGCUGCUGUGAACCGGGCGCUUCUGUGGAUAUAGUGGUGUCCUUACAUGGAGGCUACCAGGCAUCUCUGCAGGACCGCUUCCUAGUCAUGGCUGCAGAGAUGGAGCAGAACGCUGGUGCUGGAUCACAAGAGCUCGCUCACUUCUGGAAGGACGUGCCCAAAACCAAGAUCAUGGAGCACAGAUUACGAUGUCACAUCCUGGAGAGCACUAAGCCCAUCCUGACCUGUGGAAGUGACAGCCCAAUUGAAGGAGGAGCCAAUGGCCACCCGGACCUGCACACAACGCUAAUGCGUGUGAUGGUGUGUAACGCCCGGCUGGAGCAGAAGCUAGACCAGUAUCUGUGGGUCCAGCAGGUUCUGAUUGGUCUGGUACUUGUUCUCAUGAUGUUCACCUUCCUGUGUCUCUACAACCUUCCUGGGACUUCCUGACCUGACAACAUGGCCUACCUCCUCCUCCCAUCUAACAUAGAGACUACAGCAGCUGAAAGCUUAACCAACAAGAAGAGGGCUGGUGUUGUACUCAGUGAUAAAACAAGACUAGACUCUCUUCUCUACAGGGGCUGUCAUCAUGGAGAUGGAGGGCUGCUCUGAUCCGUAGCAGUGAGCUUGUGGAGUUGCCCAGAGAGAUUCCUCAUAGUUUCCUGGGUGUUGUGAGAGGUACCAUACCUAAAGAGUCUCGACACUGUGAAAUGAAAUCAAUAAUCUAUUUUUAUUACUGAUCAUGGAAUUAUACAGUGCCUUCAGAAAGUAUUCAUACCCCUCGACUUAUUCCACAUUUUGUUGUUAAAUCCUGAAUUAAAAAUUGAUUAAAUCAUAUAUCAUUCUCACACAUCUACACACAAUAGCCCAUAAUUACAAAGUGAAAACAUGUUUUUAGAAUUUUUUUGCACAUUUAUUGUAAAUGAAAUACAGAAAUAUAUAAUUUACGUAAGUAUUCACACCCCUGAGUCAAUACUUUGUAGAUGCACCUUUGGCAGCUAUUACAGCUGUGAGUCUUUCUGGGUAAGUCUCGAGCUUUCCAUACCUGGAUUUUGCAACGUUUGCCCAUUUAUUCUUUUAAAUAUCCUUUAAGCAAUGUCAACUUGGUUGUUGAUCAUUGCUAGACAACCAUUUUCAGUUCUUGACAUUCAUUUUGAAGUAGAUUUAAGUCAUAACUGGAACAGCUCAGGAACCUUCACUGUCUUCUUGGUAAGCAACUCCAGUGUAGAUUUGGCCUUGUGUUUUAGGUUAUUGUCCUGCUGAAUGGUGAAUUCAUAUCCCAGUGUCUGGUGGAAACCAGACUGAACCAAGAUUUCCUCUAGGAUAUUACCUGUGGUUAGCUCUAUUGCAUUUAUUUUUUAUCCUGAAACUCCCCAGCCCUAACGAUUACAAGCGUACCCGUAACAUGAAGCAGUCACCACUAUGCUUAAAAAUAUAGAGAGUGGUACUCAGUCAUGUGUUGUAUUGGAUUUGCCCCAAACCAAACACUUUGUAUUCAGGACAAAAAGUUCAUUGCUUUACCACAUUCUUUUGCAGUAUUACUUUAGUGCCUUGUUGCAAACAGGAUGCAUGUUUUGGAAUAUUUUUAUUCUGUACAGGCUUCCUUUUUUUCACUCCGUCAAUUAGGUUAGUAUUGUAUUAGGUUAGUAUUGUAACUACAAUAUUGGUUGAUCCAUCCUCAGUUUUCUUCUAUCACAGGCAUUAAACUCUGUAAUGGUUUUAAAGUCGCUAUUGGCGUCAUGGUGAAAUUCCUGAGCGGUUUCCUUCCUCUCCGGCAACUGAGUUAGGAAGGACGCCUGUAUCUAAGUGCAAUUAAUAACUUCACCAUGCUCAAAGGGAUAUUAAAAAUGUCUGCUUUUAAUGUUUUUGGUGCCUUUCUUUGCGAGGCAUCGGUAAACCUUCUUGGUCUUUGUGGUUGAAUCUGUGUUGGAAAUUCACUGCUCGACUGAUGGACCUUACAAUUUUUUGUAUGUGUGGGGUACAGAGAAGAGGUCAACAUACAAACAUAAUGUUAAACACUGUUAUUGCACACAGAGUGAGUCCAUGCAACUUAUUAUGUGACUUUUUAAGCACGUGUACUCCUGAACAUAUUUAGGUUUGCCAUACAAAGUGUAUACUUAUUAAAAUACUUAUUGAUUCAAGACUUUUCAUCUUUACAUUUUUUUAUUAAUUUGUAAAAACACAAUUCCACUUUGUCAUAAUGGGGUAUUGUGUGUAGGUCAGUGAUAGAAUUCAUUAAAUGUAUUUUUUUAUUUACUUCAUGUUGUAGUACAACAAAAUUUGGAAAAAGUCAAGGGGUGUGAAUUCUUUCUGCAGGUAUUGUAUAUGAGGUCUAUUUAUUUAAAUAUGUAACAUGACGUAGAAGAUUUAGUUGUUAAUUUUUCUGAUCCUAAUGUACAUUUCAUUUGAAAUAUAUGAACAUAUCAUGUUUAAGAAUAAACUUUAACAAAUUA